GGAUGGUCCCUUGGCUUGGCUUCGAAGCCAAGAGAAUUGGAUGGUUACGUGCCCUUCAUGCAAACCUUUACAUGUUCUCUGUUAAGCCAUUGUGGAAGCUCGCUCUAUUGUCCUGUGCGUCAAUCAUCCCUUAAACAGUAAUAUCUUACAUGUUCAAUUCUAUUGCUUCUUUAUGCUCAUUCUCCAUCUGGUUACUCUUUUUCUUUUACUUCACCUGCAAACAAAGCUCUUUUUCUACUCACUUUUUUGUUGUUCACUAAAGAUCUCAUGAUAACAUUCAGUUUUCUGUUACUGACACUUGAAAAGUAUAACGCAUGACAUUUACAAUUUGAGUCUCAAAGGGGAAGAAGAAUGGCAUCCCUGGUGCCUGGAGUUCUACUGAAGCUUCUCCAGAGUAUGAACUCUAACGUAAAAGUACGCGGGGAAUAUCGCUCUGUUCUUCUGCAGGUGAUCAGCAUCGUGCCCGCACUAUCUGGCUCUGAAUUAUGGCCUAACCAAGGUUUCUUCAUAAAAGUUUCCGACUCUUCUCAUUCAACCUAUGUCUCUCUUUCCAAGGAAGACAACGAGCUCAUAUUAAAUAAUAAGCUGCAGCUUGGACAAUUCUUUUAUGUGGAUGGAAUCGAGGCUGGCACACCUGUCCCUAUUCUUGUUGGUGUUAGAGCACUCCCUGGACGCCAUCCUUUUGAAGGCAAUCCCAAGGACUUAAUGCAGAUGUUAGAACAAUCAGAGCAUCCUCGUAGUGAUGGAGUUAAUGAUUCCAAAUUCACGGAUUUAACUGAAGCAAAAGAGAAUUUCAGUUCAAGUCAGAAGAUUGUUAUUAAAGAGGAAAAACUAGGUGUUUCAUCCAGGUAUAUGCAGGGUGUUCUGAAUCCAAACUCAAAGCUUAAUGGGUUAGAGGCUAAUGUGGGAAGCAAAGGAAAUGAUCUAGAAAUGGGCGCAGAUGGUAAAAAGGUGGGAACUGCGAAAGGAAAGCAACUAGACAUCAAAGGUCAGAUUUUAGUAUCACAGAUGCUUCUGAUGACUCAAACUGGCACUCGACUUGAAACAUUUUCACUAAAGCAAGACGUCACUCGAUCUAACAUUCGGAAAGCUAUCACAACAUCUUCUGUGUGUACUUCUGCCAAACACAAUAGUUCUACUAAACAGGAAAAUUUGAAUAUGAAUUUGUUGUCUCGCGCUAAAGAUAAAAGCAAGAAUGCUGAGACAAUUUCAUGGUCUUCUUUGCCAACCAAGCUUCUCAGGCCUGGAAAGGUUAUUCUUAGAAGGAAACAUCUAGCAUCUCAGGUUGUAGUACAAGCGCAAAAGGAAUUGUCUGCAGCAACAACCACUGUUAAAUGCCUGAGUAUGUUCGCCAACGUCUGUUCUUUAGCAUCUUCAGAGAAUCCUCAUGCCACACUAAGCAAAUUUUUUGCUCUCCAACAGCUCAUGGACCAGCCAAAUGCUACGGCUCAAUUGAAUGAUAAAUCACUUCAACUAUACAGAAUUUCAACUCCCUUAGAAAAGCAUAAAUCUGGCACGACAGCAGGUUUGAUGCCAGCUAAAAGCACGGCAAAGUCUUCAAAACCUUUGACCGAACUAUCAGGGACUGAGAAACAAGAAUGGGCCAAAGGGGGUGGUAUGAAAGAGAUCAACGAGCUGAGAGAAUUACUUUUAAAUGAAACAAGAUCGUGGUUUCUGAUGUAUCUGGAAAAGACAUUAGAUGCUGGGUUUUCCGUUAGCUCCCGUGAGAAGAGCAAGGAUACUAAGGAUGUUGCAGGGAGACAAAUUGAGCAAGCCAACAAUAUAGCUCUAACACUGUCACACCUUAAGCAUGCAAACGAGUGGCUGGACAAACUGAGGAGCAGUUGCAACACGGAAAGUGAAGGGAUGGUGGAGACUGUUGACAGAUUGAAGCAAAAAGUUUAUUCUUGUUUGCUUGUACAUAUUGAUUCCGCUGCUUUAGCAUUGGGGAACCGAGCCUGAUUCAAGGUCAAGAAGCAGCUCCGCAACAGUAGAACUCUAAUGCUAUUUAUUAGUUAAAUGCAUUUAGCCAACAUUGAUAAUGGAUGCUUCGACUGCUCUGUUUGAGUGAAAUGCAAUGUUGGUCUAUACUUGUACCCAAAAUAAAAAAAUAACAAAGGUGCUGACUUUAUAUUAAAUUUCAAUUUAUCUUAUAAAUAAAAAAAAAAGUAAAGACCUCUAGAAGACAUUGAAAGUUGAAUUAUGACAUGGUUUUCUAGUCCAAAUGGUGGCAGCGGAGGAAUAACGCUACUUUGACUAAAUGCAAUAACCGUACCAGUAAAAAAAAAAAAUACUUGAUUCUACAGGAAAUCCAGACGAGAAAGAAUCUAUCUUGCGGCAUACAAAGUGAUGGAUACAAGAUUGUGGCGGA